GGUUUAGCGCGUCGUCGGCUUCUUGGUCCUAGCAAGUUUCGAUUUCGGGGUGCCUGCGAUUUGUACCCCCUGUCCAAGUAGGGGAAUAGCCACGGUUUGAUUUCUCAGCGCAAGCAAGUCUGAUUUAAGACAAACACCGGUCUAGCCCUGGCUGCGAUUUCUAGGUCGUAGGAAGCCACGGUUUCUCCACAGAAAGGCGAAGUUACUCUGUGACUGGUUUCUCAGCAGCUCCCGUUUCCUGUAGCCUCGGAUUUCUAAUCAGGACAAUAAUGGGGUCAGCCCAGCCUCAAGUUUCUUAGUCCCGUCAAGUUCCGGUUUCCUAUUAGUAAGCCCUGCUUUAGCUGCAGAAGAGACGUUUAACUCCUGUGGAAAUCUGGCUACCGGCUAAUGCGAUUUCUUUUUCUUUCUUUCUUUUUUUUUUUUUUGGUUUAGUGAUGAGCAGUUUAGCAGUGCCUGGGAGCUCUUAUACCAAGUUAGGUUUCGCAAUAUCGAGUCCGGUCUUCGCUGUAAUUGUGUGCUUUUUGAAAUUCCCAUGGGAGUCAGGAAAUGGCGGCGAACGAGAUUUCUGUUUUACAAGCUCCCUUUGACAAUAGCAUGUCCCGCCGAACGCGACUUUUUCUUCUUGUGGACAAUAUCGGCAUAUACCAGCUACUACGAUUUUUUAGUCGUAAACACGUUUAACCGUUCUUAUUUUUUUUUUCUGUCGCAGGAAAUUAUGACAGGAGCAACCUGCAGGGGUUUAGAUCUGACAGGGAUAUUCUAAUGAUAGGCAGUGCAUCGUUUAGCAAUAUUUGUAAUUUCUUCUUUGUAGGGUUUUUUUCGCUGUAAUUUUUGCGUUUUAAAAAAUUAGUUUUGUGUCUUCUGCUCUUACAACGAUGUUACAGAUAUGUUUGUUUUCACCUUUACUUGCAUUUCAGGCUUUUAUUAUUUUAAAUUUUUUAUUUAAAUGUUACGUGUUUUUUCUACUAAUUUUGAGUAGACUUUCGUUCUCUCAGGGGCCGGGAGCCCAGCUCGGUCUUAGCCUCGCUGGUGUGAGGUCCUGGGUUCUGCCUGGAGGCUCCGCUUCUUUUGAGGAGCUCGUGGUUUUGUAUCAGCAAGUUUGCCAGUACGGCCCACUCGGCAUUUUCUCAGUUGCUGCACCCAACCUGACUUUUCCCUUUCGCGGGGUCGUUAAGUUCUCUGUGCUGUUACUUUCUCGUUCCUAGUAGUGCUAGUAUCUCCUAGAAACUUCCUGAACUCAGUUUUGCCGUGCAGAACAGUGAUUGCACCGAGCGUCUGUAGGCACCAGUAACGUGAUACCGUUAGCCGGCGCUUUUUCUGUCACAACACAUUAAAACCAGUUAAAACACAUUAAACCGAUUAAAACACAUUAAAAUGCCACAACACAUUUUGCUGUCACAACACGUUUAAACAGAGUCCGUUCAUUUCUCCAAACAGGAUGUUUAGGCGUGGAAGCACCGCUCCUUUCUAAGAGCACGCUGUUUCUCUCUAGCAGCACCAUUUGUGGCGUCUAAACCGAUCGAUAUUUGUUUGGCAGUACACCCGCUAUCCACUAGGUGCCUGCGCUUGCUAAGUUCAACGCGCAUUUCUGCUUAUCGAGAUCCUGAGUAGCUCAGAGCCCUAAUGGACGGUUUCUCGAAAUGCUCAUUUUCGAGAAACAGAUGGUUCUUGGCCCUUGAAGCGGUCUUUAAUACCUGCGUUCUGGAGCGCUAGUUCGCUGCAAGGUUUGCUUAGUGUCCGUUUCAUUUCGGUUUCUUUUCUUGCUAUGUUUUUCUGUCGGAAUUACGGUUCGUUUUGGUUCUAUGUACUCUCUAAAAUGUUACCGUUUUUCAAUUGUCUACUAAUUUUCGCUCAUUUGUUACUAUUGAGUUUCUUAAUAUCUGGCUGGCCUCCGCCCACGGUCUCCGGAGAGCAUAAAUACCCAGGCUGAUGGAGUGCAGAAGGCGCUCGCUCCUUGAUCAGCGGAAACAUCUGUUUCCUCUUGGUCUGAGGCUUAAGAGAUGGAACAACAUUUUCUUGGCCGUGUGAAGAAGCGUGCCUGGGAUUCCGCGGAGGUGGCGCCAGAGCCCCAGCCUCCGCCUAUUGUGAGUUCAGAAGAUUGUGGGCCGUGGCCUCUUCCUUUGUAUCCAGUACUGGGAGAGUACUCACUGGACAGCAGUGAUUUGGGACUGCUUUCCAGUCCUAGCUGGCUGCUACACUGGAUCUACCCGCGAAACGGACUUUUUUCCGGAGUCCAGAGUGUCUUGGAACCAAGUACAGACCAGCCUGCUGAGUUCAGUUGGCCCGGGACACAGAAGCAGCUAGAGGCACUUGUAGAAGAGGUGGACCCGGCAGAGGAACCCGAUAGACUCACACUCCAGCCGCUUCCCUUGAGCAGUCCUCCCCAGCCCUGGGACAGACUGGAGGACACCGAGGCCCGUGGCAGCGGGCGCGUUUUGGAAUGCAGCCAUCCUCCUGCCCUGGAUUGGUGGCGCCAUCUCCCGGGUUUCUCAGACUGCCUGGAGUGGAUUCGUCGCGUUGGUUGUGCAGCGUUCUCUGUGCCCUGGGCGUGUUGCCCACGGAUCUGUGGAGCUAAUCAGCCUUAGAGAGCAGCAGGAACCUUUCGGAUUCUCCUCCUUGAAAAGAUUCUGUUACCAAACAUCUCCACUUAGAAAAUAAAAAUACAUUAAGAUGUGCCUUCA